CGACAUCGAGUAGAAGAAGAAACUGGUCUGUGUGCAUUGAGAGAGUAUGGUGCAUCCUAACUGAGGUCCCGACGUUCAAUCUCGUUCAGAUAACCCAUAGACAUAAUCCUGGAGUCCCGUGUCUGCACAUUUUUGUUUUGCUAUUAAUAUUUGUAGAAACCAUAAGCCGUUUGACCGCGGAGAGCGGAGGUUCUUCUGCUGGAGAUGUACCGUGGACGGCCGCCGAGAGGGGGCUACAGGCCGCCUUACGAAGGCCGAGGUCCGCCGCCUAGGCCUUUCAAUGCACCGAACUACAGAGACGACAGGAACCGGCCAAAACCCCCUUAUCAUCCCGGACACCACGACCACGGUCACCCUGACUCCUAUCGCCGUUCCCCGCCGCGCAGGAGGUACCCUUCCCCCGGGUCAGGAAGUCACCCAGGAGGGGAGUACUGGGCCAGUGGUCCGCAGAGGGAGGUGAGUCAGCCGGGUAUCAAAAUAGGGUGAAACUGACUAAAGGUUUUCCACCAAACUGUGUGUGGUUAGAUGUUGCCUUCCUCCUUUGGAUGCAUGGAAAUCCUACUAUUUAUCUAUCCAUCCCUUUGAUUGUGUACAGAUACCAAGAGAGUCGAGACUCAUUCAGAAAGCAGCCUUGUUGCCGCAGCCUCCGGUUCACCGUGUCUUAUUUUAUUGACUUACUAUUUUUGACUUACCGACCAGAGCAUGAACUUAACCAUCUCCUUCUUAUCUCUUUAAAAUUUUACAGCCCAAUUAUACUUUUUACAUAUCGAUUCUUUUAAAAUAAAGAAACUGUAAUGUACAGUCAGUAUCUGAUUCACAGCUUCAAAUUUAGCUGUUGUAGGAAGGUUACAGAAACGAGGUCCUGAUCCAAAACUACUGUACUAAGACCUGUCUAAUCUGAACGCGACUAUCCAAAAAGUAGUGAUGCACGAUAUGAAAAAUUUCAACCGAUACCGAUAACCGAUAAUUUUCUUCUUCUCAUGGCCGAUACCGAUACCGAUAACCGAUAAAUUCAUAUUUUUACGUUUAUUAUAAUCUUCAUAUAAUCUGCAGUUUGUGCAGGAUGCAGCGAUUGAAAACUGAUAUUUUUGUUGCUCUGGCCUAUCUAGAACAACAAACAAAAGUUUUUGGCUCUUCAAAUGUGGUCAUUUGCUAUAAAUAACAAUAACAGAGCAAAAAGCAGAACUUCAUUUGAUCCCCUGAACUGUUCAACAGAACUGUAGACUGUAAAGGAGCUAUUAUGAGAUGUUAGGCUUAGCAUGCUGACCGGACUAACAUCUGACGUCCAUAUGUCUGUGGUAAAACUCACGUGUAGUCCGUUCUUGUCGAUCAGGUUGUGAAUGUAUGUGGCGACAAUAUCAUAGAGUGCAGGAAGAGACACAUCCGAGAAGAAGCGGCGGCUUGGGAGAGUGUAACGUGGCUCCAAGUGUGCUAAUAACUUACGAAAACCCGGGUUCUCAACGACGGAAAAAGGCUGGUCGUCGACCGCUAUGAACUCCAUCACUUUGUCGUUAAUGCCUUUAGCCUUUUCGCUGUCUCUUGAGAAGCUUUUGCAGUUUUUAAACGCCUGCUGAAUGGGGACAUCGAUCCUCCGUAGUGUUGUUGUCUUAGCUUUAGUACCGCUAGCAGCUUCGGCGGCUGUCUCAUAUUCUUUUACUACCGCUUCGCCGCGAUGGCGACUUUUCAGAUGAGCUAUCAGAUUCGUUGUGUUAAAACUUGACGUCUUCUUUCCUCCUCUCGGAAUCCUCGCUGAACAGGUUUUGCAUAUAGCAAUGCUGUUGUCAUCUUCUGCCACUGAGAGAAACGACCAUGCUGGUGAAGACAUUUUAUUAUCAGUCAGGUAGUGACGGGGUCAGGCUUGGGACCUGCGAGUAAGGCGCGAUAGAUGACGUAACCAGCGCGUCUCGGACGGGCGGCUACUCCGCCUGCAAACGUUACUCGUAAUUUCAUUAAUAUAUCGGAUCUUUCUAUCGGAAAAAUGCACCUAUCGGACCGAUAAAAAAUGACGUAAUUUCUCCCCAAAUCGGCCGAUAUUUUAUCGGUCCGAUAAAUAUCGUGCAUCCAUACCAAAAAGAGUCUAUGUUCUUCUGUAAAAACCGUGUCAGGUUUGUGAAUUUUUGCCCAGCUCAUGACAGAUAGAUGGUGCCAAUAUUACAGCGGUGUCUAUAAUUUAAACAGGUUAAUAAAAUAACUGAUAUUCAAACGCAUAAAGCAGCUGCUAAAAGCAACAUUUAAGGAUUUCCCCUGCCGUUACUCUUGACUGGCAGCCCGCCAUCCCAACGCAACCCCCUGCUUCAUCAGAAGAUGCACAGAAUAUUUAAUUUAUGGAUUUUAUGUAAUUUGCUGCAUGGAGUGAUGACUGCUGUGCUCAUGUGUCCUUACUGAGGGUGGGCAGGACACACAAAAAAGACCUGAGUUUCGUUUCAGCGAGCAGGUUAACAAGUCAGAGCUUUCAGUCUGCUGCAGAGAAUCCAGAGAACAGGCCUCCAAUGAACCCACAAAAUGCUUUUGUCACACGGCUUAAGUUUUCUGACUUUAAAUCCUAGAAACACAAGAGAAAAGACAGAGACCGUGCAAGAGCUACCAUGGAGAUCACUACGUAUUAAAUCAUAACAUUUAAUCAGAAAGGUGUGGGGAAAAAACACUGCAGUGAAAUGCUAUUGGCAUAGCAGAGAAGAUUGACAGCCCUUUUUCACACGCUCUAAGGACUGUGUGAUGGCAGUUUUUAUCUCUCUGAUGGCGUAAUCAGACAUAUUCACAGUAUCAGUGAUGAGUGGAAAAAGAAGCAGAGAUCACAUCAGUCAGUUGGUAUCAAAUAUCAUCACUUCUCCUGCUUGCUCAGGGUAAAUUUUCUUGAUUCACCUUAAGAUAUUCACUCAUAACUUCUGUGGUAAAUCUACACAGAAGCUGUCUGGAAUAAGUCUCAGUCAAGUCAGGGUGAAAAAUCCUGUUAAGGUUCACUUUUACAGACACCUGGCCUGUAAUUUCAGGAAAAGUAUCAGUUCAGUUCUUUUAGCUUCACAAUAUGUGGCCCUCACCACCUCCAGUGACUGUCUCAGUGCAACCUCAACAAGCCUUUCCUUAGAGCUUUCCACUAGUGACUGAAUCACAGGGGACUAGUGGUGCAACGGAUCACAAAACUCACGGAUUGGAUCGUUCCUCAGAUCAAGAGUCACAGAUCGGAUCAUUUUUCAGAUCAGCAAAAAGCAAAAAAAAAAAAAAAAAAAGACAAACAUAAGUUUUGUCUGUUUAUUAAACACUUAAAUGAUUAAAUUAAAGUAGUGCACAAGGCAUAAUAUCUUCUUUUUAACAUAAUUAUGAAUGAAAAACAACUUAAAGUGCAAUAUAUAGGCAUAUCUCCUUACUUUAAAAUGUAACAAUGAACCAAAAAUCAACUUUUAAGUGCAACAGCAACAUAAAAAGGCAUAUCUCUUUUUAAUAUUGGUUCAAAAGACCAUUAAUAAAAUAGGACUCAAAGGUAAACAUAAGAAGACAUCUUCCUUAAAACAAGGAGAGCGAAAGAACCUGAGCUUAUAAUUUCAGAUUUAUUAAAAAAAAAGACAAGGAUGUCAACAUUGUCUGCAGAGAGUGUGGACCUCUUAGCAGUCACUAUGUCCCCUGCUGUUAAGAAUACUCUCUCUGAUGGUACUGAAGAUCCAGGCACAGAGAGGCAACAUCCUGCCAUCUUUGCAAGAUAAGGGUGUUCAGUAAAACACCCAGGUGAUGUCGCUUCAAAUGCGUGAAUAUGCUUGAUGUGUUUCCACUGUUAUAUGGCUUUCUUAUGCCACAGUGCCUACACACCGUCGCAGUUUUGUCCACUGACCUCUUUCCUUCUUCAUCAUAGUUGACAGGGAAGCCUAAAUGCUCCCAUACAGGGGAUUUAAGUGUCGCGGGGCGUUCAAGCUCCUCCUUUCCUCCGCUCGCCAUGUCUUCCUUCCUCCUUUCGCCGCUAGCCACAAGCUGUGUGCAGACGGAGCACAACUUUUUUUUUUUUCAGAAAUCAAUCUGCGGGUCACGUGUGUGCUGAACCGAUGAUGUCGAACGGAUCACCACUACAGGGGACACAUGCAAAUACCAGGUGUAAGGUGACGCUAGGUCAAGUUUAGAUUGUCAUACUAAUGGACAACUGAUUGAAAUGUCUAUAUUCGUGUUUUAUGAACAGCUGAAUAGAGGUAAACCACUUCACAAUGGGAUUUAAGACAGGAAGUGAUAACAAGGUGAACAGUACCUCAGCUGAGGUAACCAGGUGAUGAUCACAAAGCCACCAGAAUCCAGAGUAAUGAUGGCAUUAUUCAAACUAUUGCUCAAAUUAAUAAUUUUCAAUUUCAGACUAUAAAACAAAUCACAAAGGAUGUAGUGGUGUCAUUAACUGUUACUGAUAACAGGUGUGUGUGUGUGCGGGUGUGUGUGUGUGUGUGUCUGUGUGUGUGUGUGUGUGUGUGUGUGUUUUGCAGAGGUCCCCUUCUCCACGUGGACCCGUUCCCCUUGAUCACAACCUGGUGAUCACAGUUGGCAAUGAGCUAACAGGACCUCCUGGUUCUGCUCCCUCACGCCAUCAAGACAGGUAUGACUGUGAUUGAAACAGUUUGUUGACCUUUUUGAAAAAUUGUUGCUUCUGAAUUACAGGAAAAAAAAAAAUUCCUGCUAUUGGAUGAAAAUGUUUAAAAUUACUUUAAAUUGUGUUAAAAUGAUUGAAAUCUUGCAGUAAAAUCAAAAUUAAACCACUCUGGCCAAUUGUUGGGCCAGUAUUUGUGAGCUUUCUGUAUUUGUCACUCUUGGUCAGUGUUCCUGCACCUCUUUGUCUUACAUAAUAUUUCUGAUCACCUAACAUCAGAGCUUUAAUGAGGUCGGAUCUUUUCUCCACCCGGUUUCUCUGAACACUGUAAGUGUUACAAACACAGUAUGAAGGAAACAACCUCUGUCUGCAGACUUUAACUUAAGUCCACCUUCUGGGUUUUUAUGCAGAGACUACACUCCUCGCCCUGAGUAUGAGAGGAGCAGGAGCCUGGGUCGUAGCCAACCUUGCCGCCACAGUCGAGAAAGAAGUCCAGACCGGAGCAGGGCCAGGAGUCGAGGGCGGAGCAAGAGCCGGGCAAGGAGCAAGAGCCGGCCCCGCAGCCACAGUCGCAGUCCAGAUCGAACCCGGGCCAAGAGCCGGGGCCGAAGCAAAAGUCGCAGUCCAGACCGAAGCAGGGCCAAGAGCCGGGGCCGAAGCAAAAGUCGCAGUCCAGACCGAAGCAGGGCCAAGAGCCGGGGCCGGAGUAAGAGCUGCCACCAUACAAGGUCCAGAUCCAGAUCCAGGUCUAGGUCAAGAGGACGGAGCUACAGCAAGGCAGCGAGCCGUGGCCGCAGCAGGAGCAGGUAUCGGAGUCGUAGCGUCAGCAGCAGCUCGAGCUCUAGCAGUCACAGCAACAACAGUGAGGAGAAAUCCAGAAAAGAGUUCAAAGAGCUGGAGACAGCUCGACGCAGGAAGGAGCUGGAGGAGAUGCUAAGUCUGCCCACCAAGUCCAUCCUGAAGAAACGCAAUGACUCUGAGGACUCCCCUUCACUCAGGGUAUGUUCAUUAUCUGCACACGUCUGUUAUCACUGGGUUCAAAUCCAGCUGUUAGCACGCUGUUUAGAUAUCAGUGAAACUCAAUAUGUUUUAACCUCAUUUGUGGAGGCAGUGAUGAACUGUGUUGGGUUUUGAAUUGACUUGAGCCCAUGCAGUGAUUUCUGUCUUUAAUGUAGUGCUGCCUGAAGGCCUGAAGUUUAGGACCAUCUAGUCUUGGUUUUGGUCCUUGUCCCGUUAGUACAGAGAUUUCUCCAGAUCCUCUGAAUCUUUGAAUGAUAUUAUGGUCUGUAGAUGAUAAAAUCCACUCAUUCUUUCACACUCAGGAACAUUAUUCUGAAAUCAUUCAACUAUAUACACAUGCAGUCUCUUACUGCAGCAGGAGAAUGCUGUGCAUGGAGGUGUAACCCUGCUUAUUCCUGUGUUUCAGAGUUAUGGUGGUGUAGAGGGCCCCGGCAUGUCUCGGGUGGCUGACCAGCUGCUGCAGGCUGUUAAGGGCAUGGAGCCUCAUAUGGUGGCCUCAAUGCUGUCGGAGCUGCGCUCAGAUCCUCAAAUGGCUCAUCGUGCAGGCCUAGAUGCUGAAAUCAAAGAGAUCCUGAACCUGCUCGGAGGGCAUGCAGCAGCAGCAGGGAGCAAGACUCAGACGUCUAUAGACGACAUCGAUGACGAGGAGAAGUUCUUGUACGGAGACUCAGAAGAGCCCAAACCCCUUCUCUCAUCAGAUGCCAUUCAACACCACGGGCUGGACCUGUACGGAGACGUGACAGAGGAGGCGCUGUAUGGAGACUGCCCCCCACCAGCUACCACCAGUGGUCAGUUGUAUAACCUCCCUCUUGGGGCACCUCCCCACCUUUCAGCUCCCCCCACCACAGUGGAGGCGGAUGUAAGGUACACCAGCAGACCUAGCAUCAGCCCAGACCAGAAUAUUACAGUCCGGGUAUCAAACCCCUCCUACCCCCCAGGCACAGAGCCACUGGACGAGAGUGAGCGCCAGGCUGUGGAGGAGUACGAAAAAAUCCAGGACCUGCUUAAGACCAUUGGCCUGGACCUUGGCGUGACUGAGAUUAGCAAGAUGGCUGCGAGGACCAAAGAGCGUCUCCACGGUAACAAGCCUCCUCCAAAGACACCCACACGCAGGUGCUAUUCCUCUGGAAGUUCUGAUGGCAGCAGACGCAGUCGGAGGAGUAAGAGGCGGAGCCACAGUGGCAGCUCGAGCAGCAGCAGUAGCAGCAGGAGUCGCAGCCAUAGCCGAGGGCGGGGGGACAGACGGGGAGGCAGCUGGGGCAGUGAUGACAGCCAAAGGAAGAGCUCAGCCCUGCCCAAAUCUCACAAAGAUAGGGAUGUGAAAGAAAACAAGGCUGAGCAAUGUGACACCCCCUCAACACGGCCUGGACAGCACAUACAGCCCAUACAGCCGCUGCCACUAAAAACUGACCCCAACUCCCUCCCCUCCCUUCCUGGAGUGCCCAUACCCACCUACCCCCCCCCACAGAUCCACACCAUGAUGCCCCCCAACUACCCCCCACCAGGGUAUGGCCAGUACGGGAACUAUCUGCCUUACAUGCACCAGCAGUGGCCGCCCAUGUACCCGCCCCCGAUGACGAUGCCACCUCAGAGCAGCCCUGAUGAGUUCCCCCCCACACAGCCAUAUGACUACCAAACCCCUGAUGCAGGGGUCAAAGGUCAGUCUGAUCAGGGUUCACCAAUACUAGUAAAUAUUCUGCUUGUUGGAUCAUUUAAGUAAGGAUCAGCUGACAGUGCCACCUUCUGGGUUCUCCAGCACAGUCUGAUUUAGCUUUAGAUCAAGUUCAACUUGUUUGUCCUUCACUGUCAAAAUUUACUGAAAGAUUGAGCAUCAAUCGAAGUUUGAAAAUUGAUCUUGGACUUUCAGGAUUAUCUCCUCAUCUAGCAGUUGUCUUGGAUAUUUUAUCCGCACAGUGGUGUCAAUGCAAGGUGUAACGGGUGUUGUUUGUGGUGUUGACAGGUCUUGGGAAGAGUUCUGUUCAGGGUGUGGAAAAGGAGAGCCCUAAAGUCAGCAGCCAUGACAGGAGAGUGAGUGAGGAGCAGAACAACGAGAGCCAGAAGCAGAAGGUGGGAUUCUCAUUUUUUAUUCCAAUGAACGUGUUUAGCCCGUGGACACAUAUUUUAAAUGAACCCAGUAACUGCUCUUUGGAAAUGUUAACAAUUAUUUUUUUAUCUUUUCUAUAUUCUAACAUUUUUUUUCAUGAGGUACCAGAAGUUUCUCUUCCUUCUUUGUUUUUUUUCACUGUAAAAUAAUCUAUGUAAUCAACAGUAUUGCAAAGCUGCAGAACAUCACAGAUCAACAGGUGUGUUCAUGGUCAGGUGAGAGGUAUGUUUGUGUGUUUUCAGGUUCUGGAGGAGAGAGAGAAGCUGAAGCAGGAGAGGGAGAUCAGGAUGAAGAAAAAAGAAUACCUGAUGAAGGAGCUGGAGAGACUAAGGAAGCAACAAGGUGAGUCCAAGCUCAAACAAGGAAGGGGAGGCAGGAGGAGAGAGAAGAGCAGGUGAGAGAAGAGCUGGAAGAGGAGUAGGAGGAUUCUUUUCCCAGACAAAAUGACUUACUUGAUAAAAGAGUAAAGCAGGGGUGGGUAAUCAUGUGCCAUGGAGGGCCGAGAGGCUGCAGGUUUUCUUUCCAACCCAAAACUCCACCAGGUGAUUUCACUGAUUACCUUACCUCCAAGCAGAGAGCAGGGACUAAUCAGUGAAAUCACCUGGUGGAGUUUUGGGUUGGAAAGAAAACCUGCAGCCUCUCGGCCCUCCAUGGCACAUGAUUGCCCACCCCACCCCUGGAGUAAAGAGAUGAGAGGUUUCACUGUCCACAGGGGGCGCCAAAACCAACCCAAGCUGAAAGUUUCUCACAAGAGUUUUAAUGUCAAAACCCAGACAUAAAUGACAAAAUCUGUCAUGCAAAAAUGAACAAGUUGUGUACCUCUCAUUGUUUUAUCUAAUUUCCAUUGUUUUCAGGCGAGCUCCUCAGGAAGAAGCGGCGGGAGAAGGAUGGACACAAAGACCCCCUUUUGCAGGAGAUCAGUCGCCUACAGGAGGAGGUUAUGUCUCAGAUCUCGAACCUCCGAAAGGAGCAUGAGGCAGCCGAGAAGAAGCGCAGCGAAAUCGACAAGGUGGCCCUCAUCCUCGGCCUGAACCCCUCCGACCGUCCACACAGGGCUAGUAAACAAGAUGAGGACCAAGAGGACCAGCAGCCACUGCCGGCCCCACCACAGAAGAAGAAACGGGCAGCAGAGAGGAGUCCUGAGGGGAGACCAGAAGCCAGCAGCUCCAGUAUAAAGGUACAAAGUGCUGGAGAGGAGGUAAAACAUGAGCUAGCUCAGAAAUUCUGUGUUUUAAUCAUAGCUAGGGCUCACCACAUACACUCUCCUUUGUUAGCAGUAUUUGGGUCUGACAAGCUGUCAAACUUUGAGUAUGUACAGUAUAGUUAUCUCAGUUGAAAGGACACAUAUGAUUAGUAAAUAUUUCAAGCAAAUUAUAAAAGGAUUUUGCUUACCUGUCAUAAUUCAUAGGCCUGAAUUUCUGUUGGUUGAAGCUACUUUAAUUUGACGUGUUUUUCUUUGUAUUUGAACCUCGUCUUUAUUUGAUGUCAUUCUGCCUCUUUGAGCUGAAUGUGUUGUUGCUAUCACUCUCUCCUAAAAACUAAGCAUGGAGCUUCAGGGCCUCCUUUUUUAACCCAGGAGCACCUGGCUGACAGGUGCCGAGCUUUGUAAGCACAUUUGCAGCUGGAAGUUGGACCUUAAGUUUGAUCCCUGAUUUAAACUAGUUUCGGACAUCUUGUGCCACAAUGAAAUAUUUUCUGAAUCUUAAAGCAAAAUCUUUCCACAGGUCGAGUAGCAAAAUUUGACUUCCUUUAGCAUAUGCACAUUUGAAAGUUGGACUGCUGCCCUGAUCUGAGCUGCACGCUCACCUGCAAAAGUGGUUCUUCUUUGUGUCUUUUUCACAAACUCCAAAAGUAAACAGAUGGUCUGAGUGCUCUACAGGAUCUCGGCCAUGUCUGCAGCCAGGUCCCUCCCCUCCAACUAACUAACUUAGUUUAGGCUGAAAUUUGGGUUAAUUCUCAGGAGUUUGACUCUGAAAGCUGGAGUUAGACCUGGGACAAACAAAUUUUGCAGGAUGAAAUAUUGUCCCAAAAACUAUUGACAAGUAACAUUAUUAUUGUAGACAUUAUUGAGACCAACAUAACCUCUUAUGUAAUGUUAAUAUAUCACAUAUUUUCUAGACUGCAAUUCGUAUUGUCAGUCAAAAGCUUGUAUCAUUUCUCAAAAUGCUGGCUUUCUUAACCGUAUCUCUUUGGCAAUGUAGCGAACUACACUUUCUGUGAGCACACAACAUAUUUCGCUGCUCUGACUGUACUUGCUUUGUCGACCAAACGCUUUAGUAAGCGUUGACUGUGGGGUUGACCUGCUCUUCAUCUCGGGGUGCAGUUCUUUUCAGCAGCUGGGAAAACUCAACUGGGUGAUAGUGUUUGAGGUGGGCAUGCAAGUUUGUUGUCGCUGUUUUUUGUUGCCUUUUUUGUCGCUAUCAUUUUUAAACAAAGUCGGCAUACUGGCUCGUCUGUGUUGAUGGUCCCACCAUGCUAAUUGGGCUUAAAGCUGUGUGUGUGCUUGUGCCCUGCCUCCCCCCACAGAUACAAAAAUCUUGAAUGACUGAUAAGAGGGUUCACCUCCAUCAUUUCAUUCCACUAAGGCACAAACACGCCCAGGUGCUGAGACUGAUGCACAGAGUGAACCCUCUUGUCAUCCAGCGUGUUUGGAGGCACAAGAUGAGAAACACAAAUACACACAUACACUUUGUGAUAUAUCAAGGCCGGAAAAAUUAUCGAGUUCAUUUUCAUUUGUCAUGCAAUGAAUUGAUUAAUUGAUUAUCGUCCCAGGCAUAGCUGGAGCCAAUGUCUGUGUGGUUCUCAAUUUUAGGGUCUUUCUGUUGGUCUUUGCAAAACCCUCCUCAGUUUGAUUUUACUUCACCCACCAGACCUCUGCACAAAGCUAGUCAAUGGUUAUGAUAUCAAGAAUAUUUCUGAGAGGGAUUUCUGAUCAUGUAGCUCGAAGACAUAUAGUCAGUCAGCAAUGGGAUGUGCAGCUAAGUCUUUCCAUUUGCAGGUUACAAAGGUUAAAAGUAUAAAUCUAUGUACAUCUUCUAAAUAAUUCACAUUUUUGAUCUUCUAAUUUGUUGAGUCUUUAAAAAUCUUAAAGAAUUACCCGAGACUAAACGUAUGAGUGAAGCACAAGUAACUCUCGGUAGAAAAGCGUUGGCGUGAUUUUUACACUGUGUGCGUUGAUAAACGUCUCCGAGGCUGAAACUCUGCAAAGGUAAGAACCUUUUCACCUUUCACAUUUUGUUUAGCUGAAGUUAAAGUUGUUUUUGUCUGAGUGGAUCCUGACAGUGUCAGCUUGUUCCUGCAAUGUUGACUCUCCAACAUCUCCUUUUUUUUUAGCAGACGUCUGUGGCACAAUCGUCAAGACUGUCAUUGGAGAAGCCACCUGCCAGUGUCCCGCCCUCGCCUGCAUCUGAGCCCCCGCCUUCAACACUGCCUCCAGAGCCAUUUGAAUACUAUGAUGCUGGGAACCACUGGUGCAAAAACUGUAACGUCACUUCUGGUUCCAUGUUUGAUUUUUUCACGCACUUGCACAGCAAAUCGCAUCGAAAGGUUUGUGACAGUUUUGACACCUUCAAUCAAUUCAUACAAAAUUUAAUCUGUUCUUUUUCUUGACUGUUUAUUUAGUGCUUUGUAUGGAGGUUGGUUUGAUAUCUGGUCAUGCAUGGCGCCUCAGGUAUUGUUUCCUUUAACAUCAAGAUAUUUUGUUUCAUUUACAGACUCUGGAUCCAUACGACCGACCCUGGGCUUCCACUCCGAUCAAAAUCAUCAAGAACACUCUGUCAGAAGAGAAGCUUACUAAACCAGCUAAAGGUAUCAGAGCCGCACAGUCGUCAUCUUUUUCUUGUAAACUCAUCAUCACCUUUGCAUCUUUUAUUCCUGAUGAGCCGCUAAAUGUUGUUAGCCGUUUUCUGAUUCCAGGUGGAGCUCACACUGGAUCUCUGCUGCAGUUUCACUCUCUCUCUUAAUGAAAACGUUUCUAACGAAGUGAGAAAUUCUAUGGAAACCACAGAAGAGACGCCUGUCUACACACCUGUUUUUCAUGUCUCAGUAUUACAUACUGCAGUAACCUUUGAAAAUCACAAAUGUGUCGAGCUGCUCAUUACCCUCACCUUUGUAGAAAUCACUGAGCAGUAAGCCUCUUUCUGUCAGAUUCUGCUGUGAAAGUCAAUCAGUGAAGUAUGCAUCAUCUGUUUGCAAAUAUUCCCAUACUGAGGUGUCUUUCUCUAACAACUUCUGUCCUGGCAGGUACUGAAAUUGGAGUUGUCCAGCAGGUAAACACGAUUGGCAGUUAAUUAAUCACCAUUAGAGCGUUGAAGUUGUGUUGCCUGUGUUUUGUUGCAGGUUCAGAGUUCUUGCUGCCUGUCAGAGGAUUCUUCUGCCUGUUGUGUAAAGAGUUUUACGGAGACGCCAUCUGUGCAGAAGAGCACGUCACCACACAUAACCACAAUGAGAAGUACAAGGUAUGACCCUUAAAGUGCAAAAUCAGAAUGUUGACUGACAUGCAUGGUUGGAAAAACAUGCCACUGAAAAUCUUGAUGCUUAGGGCAGAAAAUAUAUUUUCUCCAGUCACAUUCUUUGGUCUUUUACUGUGCUCGAUUCACAUUUUGUUUCUCUGUUCUCAACAAUUACCUGAAAAUGAAUUGCAGCUCUUGUCAGGUAAAAAUAAACACAGUUACAAGUGCGAACUUGAGAGGGAAAUGUAUGUUUGUACACAACAAGACAACACUCAACUAGGGAUGGAAAUCACAAGCUAACUGUCUGUAGAAAUGAUACAAUAUUCAAUACCUUGAUCGUUAUAAUGAUAAAAUUACCAAAAGGCUAUUCUGUGAUAACUUAUGAAUUACAACACAAUCAUCUAAUGACACAUUACUUAUCAGUUCAACACAAUCUUUGAAAUCCCAGUUACAGAAAGAAAAUAUUUGUAAAAUUUUACAAACUUUAAUUCCAGUGAAGUUUGGACAUUGUGUUAAAUGUAAAUAAAAACAGAAUACAAUGAGUUUCAAAUCCUUUUCCACCUGAUUUCAACACAACAAAUGCAUUAUUGAAUGUUCAAACUGACAAACGUGAUUGUUUUUUGGAAAAAUUCAAUCAGUUUGAAUUCCAUGUUGCAACGAAAGAGGACAGGACUAAAACCCAGACUGGAUGGUCCUGAUCUCAAGGACUUCAGGCAGUACUACAUUAAAGACAGACAGGACUCUGGAGUGGAAAUCACAGCAUGGGCUUAAAAUCAUUUCAAAACCCAACACAGUUCAUCACUGCAUCUACAAAUGAGCUUAAAACUGAACCAUGCAUAGAGGGAACCAAAUAGAGACAGGAUCCAGAAACACCAGAGACUUCUCUGGACUUGAGUCCAUUAAAGGUGGACUGAAGGGGAGAGGAAAACUGUCCUGUGGGCUGAAGAAUCAAAAUCUAAAAUUCUUUGUGGCAAUUGCAGGGGCCUUGCUCACCUGAAGUCUGUUUAGAAGGUCCGAUCAAGGACCAAAUGUUUACAUUGUUGCAUUUUGCAUUUUGUCUGAUAAGUGUCCAUAGGGGACUUUUGCCUAGCAAACCAAAUGGUAAAAAAAAGAGGGAAAAUUAUGAGGGAAAAUCUGUCACCCGGUCAUUUGGGGCACAGUCUUCAUUAUCCCAGAAUGCACAGAUAGUAGCCGACCAGAGAGAAUAAUAGGUGUCUUGCUUCAUGCAAUUCACCAGAGCUGGCGAAGACAUCAGGCAUUAAUGCAAGGGAAUGCCUAUAACACAUUGUCAGCAUGUUAGCAGUAUGUUUGUUGAACAGAAGAAUACCCAAGUAUGGAGUUUAAAUAAUAAAAAUAAUAAUGCAUCAGAUUUUAUAUAGCACUUUAUCAGAGACUCUCAAAGCACUUUACAUUGGAUACAUUAUUCAUUCGCUCACACAGUCGCACACUGGUACCUUAGUAGGGGCAGACUGACGGUAAAGUGGCUGCCAGUUUGUGCCUACAGCCUCUCCUACAGUGAUGCCUACACCACCAAACAUCACUCACAAUCAUACACUAGGAACAAGGUGGGUUAAGUGUCUUGCCCAAGGACAGGGCAGACUAGAGAGGGGGGAAUCGAACCACCAACCUUCCAGUUAUUGGGCGACUGCUCUACCUCCUGAGCUACUGCCACCUGACUAUUGUAUUGGAACACAAACCCUAUGCCAUUUGUCCAGUUUUACGCACAGUCCAGUGUUUUUACCGGUUAUUUUCUGUCUGCUGUAACCUUCAGGCCGAGCAUAAUUUCCUGGCUUCAUUACAGUGUAAAUAUGUUAUUGGAAUAUAUUGACAUAUAAAAAGUCCGUCUGCAUCAGGGCAGCGAUCACACCCACCACGGACCGGACCAUGGUUCGUUUAGAAGGGGUUUGAGUUCAGCAUUUUCAAGAGGACCAUAGUCAGUUUGUUUGAUCUAGACCACGAUUCUUGUGUGCGUUUAUACCACCUGGACCUAAGGAGUAGGGGGACCAUGGUCCUUUUUAAAACAAACUGAACAGUCCUGAUGGGAAUGCGCCCAUAAACUCUCCAUCCUCCAAAGAGUAGAGGGUCCACCUGGCUUGUUCUCAGCUCCCAAAGCCAGCAUCCCUGAUAGUAUGAAAAUCAUCAGAGUCCAUGUCAUGGGUAUCUUCCACAUCUGUGAAAGCUCCACCAAUGCUGAACAAUAUCUACAGGUUUAGGAGCAACAUCUGCUGCCAUCCAGACUCUGACUUUUUCAGGGAAGACCUUCAUGUUUCAGCAAGACAAUGACAAACCACAUUCUGACUACAGGGAUUACAACAGCAUGGCUCUGUCGUAGAAGAGUCCUGCUGAGAAACUGGACUGAUGCAGUUCUGACAGGCACCUGGAAACAUGACCCUGUAACUACUUUUAGAAAUGUGUUGCUUGCAACAAAUUUGAAAUGAUCAUAUUUUUUUAUGAAACAAAAACGUUUGUCAGUUUGAACAUCUGGUAUGUUGUCUUGGCUCUGGUUUCAGUGAUCUGAAAACCAUUAAAUUCUUUAUUGACAUUUAAGCGUCCUUAUUUUUUUGGAUUUGGGGUUUAAAUUCUCUUAUUUUAUUUCUGUUGCCCCCCAAACAGGUAAGGUUAGUAGAUUUUUUUAUAAUGAUUAGGGGAUAAAAAUAAUAUUUAAAAAAAAGUCCUUGUUCCCAGUGGUUAUUCAAAGACAGGACACAGACUGCUUUUUUUGAUAGAAAGUGAACCUUUAAAGAUCUGUGGAUUAUGCUGCUUUCAUAUGAAGAAGAGGUGAUAGGAAUUUGAAAUUAUAGUGGCUCUAUCCCAAAAAUCAUAAAUUCAAGUCCAUGUGAGACAUUUGAGCUUUCUAAUAGGUCAAAGGUUUCAGCUUUAAGAGGUACAGAUAUAAAAUAGACACUUAUCUUACAAAUGGAAAUAAUAAACCAGUACUGCAGUUUGGUUAAAGAAGGAUGUUUUCUUUCUCAGCAAGGACAACAUCUAAGCAAAGAAAAUUAGAACAAUCUUGUAAUAUGAGAGACAUCCUGUGAAACAUAAUUUAAGGCUCUUUCUGUUCAGUGUUGUGUUUGUGGAUGUUUGAGAUUCUAGGGAACAAGUUUUUUAAUUAUUAUAUUUUAGGGAAAGAAAGAACUAUCAGUUGGAAGUUUACAAGAAUGUGAUUAUAGUGAAGUGUGAACAGAAGCUCAGACAGUGUGCUGUACAUGAGUUUUUUAUUUAGAUAUUGCAAUUAUUGUGUUUUGCACUGUACUGUGCACUUAAAAGUAAGUGUUUUAACUCAUGGAGUACCUAAUAUAACUUUUUUACCUUAAAAGAUGUUACUAUGUAAGAUGCAUUAGAUGUCAAGUAGAAAUUCCUUCUGUAAUUCCAUCACUGUCUUGUUUUUUUGUUUUAUUGCCUCCAGAAACAAAUGUAUGAGAAUCCAUUGUAUGAACAGAGGAGGAACCUUGACCGCCAGGCAGGGCUGGCCCUGGAGACAAGUGGGAAGAAACGCAAACAUGAGGACAAUGAGAAAGGCAACAAGGAUAAGGAGGAAAGGUCCAAACACAAAAAGGAUAAGAAGGACAAGGAGAAAAAGAGGGAAGAUGAAGAUGGGGUUCUAAAAGAGGAAAAAGUUAAACUAAAGAAGGAGGAGCAGGAGGAAAAACCAAAGCCAAGCAAGAAAGAGGAUGAUUUUAAAGAUGAGAAAAUCUUUGAAGAGGAGAAACCUAUUUAUGGUAAAAAAGAUGAGAGUGACAAGUAUAAAUUUAGUAGAAAGGAUGACAAAUACCGCUACAGCAGGGCGGAAGAAGAGGACAGACACAAAUACGACAGAGAGGAGCAGUACAGAUACCGACAUCACAGGGAUGGGGAUGAUAGGUAUGAUGACCGUCCUAAACACGGCCCGAGAGAUGAUGAGGACAGGUACAAACAUGGUAAAUAUUCAGACUCCAAAUCCAAGUAUGACAGAGAGUGGGAUGAAGGAAAGCCCAAAUUCGAGAGGGAUGUCUCCAAAAAGCCUGAACCGGAGAAACCAACAGCAAAAUCAGAGACUAGCAAGACAGAGCUUCCACAAAAACCCUAUGAUCUGCCUAAAGUCUUCUGUGGACCCAGUCCAGCCAUGAGGGCAAAACUCCGCAAGCAGAGUCUGGAAGCAGGCAAACCAGCAAGUGUGGCUGUAACAAUGUCAUUUGGACGGUUUACGUGGAAAAAGAAGGAGAAUGUCUUGGCAAAGGAGGCUCAGAAAGCUGCAGCAGAGUUCAUCAAGGAUGAAGAAGAGGCUGCAGCAGACAAACACGUACCAGUGGAAGAUUCCUUUGCAAAGUCUAUGGCUGUUGCUCAGGAGAUUGCCCAUAAGCUCGGAGGCCCUCAGAACACGCCUCCUCCUUGGGUGUCCAACAUUAACAACCGAGGAAGAGGAAGAGGAAUAAGGCCCAACCUCCCUGCGCCCGCUGCAGUCACGCGAAAAACAGCAAUGAUGGGUAAACCUGCACCUUUUAACACCUUCUUGUCUAUCAAACCCCAAAGCAACAGUAUACUGGGGCCCCCUCCACCACACCUACCAAUGUUAAAGAAAUAUGCAGAUAUCCCGAAUGUUCCUGUGCCACCCCAGGGAAAGUGUACAUCAUAUAGUAGAGAACAGAGUAAACCUCUGCUGCCAGGAUCAGGUCCUGAGCUUUCUAAGGCUAAAACAGAUCCACCCAUUUCUGAACCACCACUAUCUGGAAAAGGACCUGCACCAACUGUUUCUACAGUUGCACCACCUACUUUCACACCUGAAACACCUGUUUCCAUACCUGCAGCAUGUGGGGUCAAACCCCCACAGCCUAUUUCUUUACCUGUCCCACCUGUUACAAAACUUUCACAAAUUCAGGUUAAACCUGCACCACCUGUGUCUAAGCCUGCAGAAACUGAAACAAAGGCUAAGCCAGUAGAAUCUACAUCUUUAUUCAUCAAGGCCACCACUGCACUGUCAUCUACAACUACCUGUGCUCCCUCUGUAGCUAAACCUCCACAACCCACAAUGAUCAAAAUUGUUUCUGAUGUGGCAGCUCCUGGUGUACCAGAGAGUGAGCAGACUCGCACUGUAUUUGUCAAGCCUCCACCUCUUAUGAAGAUGGGUGAAGCAGUUCAGAAGUCUGAGAAACAUAAGAGUCAUCUGGCUGCAGCCAAAGCCAAGGACUUAUUUGGUAUCUUCUAUAGUGGCAUUAGCCAGUCAAGUACCUCAUCCAUCACCAAAAACAUUACAGAUGCAAGAGCUGAGGGGAGCAGUAUCAACAAAAGUGAAGUAUCCAGCCAACAAGCACAAAACCCCAAACCUUGGCAUGAGUCAGUCACCCAGUCCCAACCCUCAUCUGCAGUUUGUACACUUUCACACUCUGAAUCCAACAAAGCCCCGCCAAGUCCUAAAACCCUGCCAGAAAAGGAAAAAGCCAAACCAAGUCCUAAAACCCUGCAAGAAGAGGACAGAAAUCAAGUGGGUCCUAAAACCCAGCCGGAGAACAAUCAAAAUCAACUGAGUCCCAAUGUCCAGCCAAAAUUUAAUGAAAAGCCACCAAGUCCACAACCCAUUCAAAUUUCAUCUGUUUGGUCAUUACAGUCAACCCCAGCUGAGGUUGCUCCAUCCAAAACAUCUGUCCAAACAAACCAACCAAUACUCAAUCCAGCAGAUUUUUCUAAGGCUCAGAAUUCCCCCCCAAAGCAGUCCUUUUCUUCUGAACCUGCUUCCCAAAUGGAUGCUGAGCUGCCACAACCUUCUCAAAUCCAGUCCCAGCCCAAUCUGACCCCUUUAAAUGAAACAGAGCCACAGUCUGAACCACACAAGGACAGCCAGUCCCAGUCUCAUCCAGAGACCCACCCUGACGCAGCUUCAGUACUUGAGUCCAAACCAGGUCGAAAAACUAGAGGCAAAACAACUCCAACAAAGAAAACUCCUCCUGCCCCCCGUCCUGUACGACAAACCAGAUCCCAAACCAGAUACCAGACCAGGCAUCAGCAGCAGCAGAGCCAGUCAGAGCCUGAACCUGAUCUUGCUUCUGGAGAUUCUGACUCAGCAGCUUCAGACUCGAGGGGGCUCAGCAAAUCAGAACCUGGCUCUGGUUUGCAGGUCGUAGAGGAUACAAAAAGCGAGGGGGGCCCUGAGAUGAGCGAGAUCACACCUGAAACCCUGGGCCUCCCCUCUGACAUGACUUCUCUGGACUUUGAGUAUGAUUUUAAUUUUGAAUAGGAGCUCACCAAACGGUUUGAUGGGAACAUAGAGAGGAGAUGCUUAACAAGCACCUCACCUUCUAGGAUGUUAAGACGACGUCAUUUACACUGCAGUGAUAAGAAUAGCACUCCCCCCUGAGAGACUUGUGACUUUUAAAACACCAACCUUAUCUUUGUGAUUACCAUUCAGUUAAACCUCCUCAUUCUCAGUGUUUUCCAUACUCAUUUAUGCCCCAAAUUUUUUAUGUAUUGAAAACUGGGUCCAACUAGAAUAAAGACAGCUCCAGCAAACUUGAUUAUCCAAAAAACCUGAUGCAUUGAAGUGACAGAUUUUUUCUGAAUAAACAUAGUCAACUUAUAUGCCACCAAGGACUUAAUGAAGGCAAGAGAAAGGUAAAUUUGCCUUUCACUGGAGCACUGUGAAACAGAGUGAUAAGCCACAUUAUGUGUCUAAAAGUGUUUGUCUGUGUUGGUUCAGAGGCCCUUCGUCUGGGAUCAAAGGACAACUGAAAGGGGUCAUGGUACUAAAGGGACAGGGUUUGUUGUUCCAGGUUAAAGGUUGAUGUUUUCUCUGAAACGGUUUGGAAUGUCAGUUAAGAUGUGGACACAAGUUAUGAUCCUUUUUUUUUUUUUUUCAAGCCUUGCCAUUUUAUUUUCCACAGAUACCAGAGGUCUCAAGACAAAGACACAUAGAUGCAUAUAGCUAGACCUUGAUCCUUUUGACAGGUAGUAAUGGUUUAUCAAGAGCUGUUUUUUGUAGACCACAGCACAGUUUUAUUUUCUUGCAGCUGAGCCCUCCCUGGCUGACAGUUAGAAAAAAAUGCAUUGGAAGUUUCUUUUGCAGUACAAGUAACAGAACAGAUAUGCACUUCUUGUGUUCUCAGUGUGAUUGUAAACCUGAGUUUCAACAAACGGAAAUCUGAUUGUUACCCGUCACUUGUUGCAGCGUUGCUCUGUUCUCUAUGCCAUCCAAUUCAUAUCAGACUGUGUGGAUAGCUCUUUGUAAUAAACGUUCAUUUAUUUUUGACCAAAUGGAUAUCCACCUUCCCAUGUGGGCUUAAUGGAGGGACUCCAUUAAGAAGGACUCCUAAAAACUGCUCCAUGAAACAGUGCUGUCUUUGUCACGCUUUCACACUGCAAGUCCUUCCUUCACCAGAAGGUAAAGUUUUGUACUUAUUUGUUUUCAUGUUUUGUAUUUCAGUUCAUAAGUUCCUUUAUUUCCAUUUUGAGUUAUAACGAUGAUGCGUUUCUGAUGCAGAGCUCAGCUGGUGAAAGAAAAGUCAUAGCAUGGACCAAAAGCGGCUCAGUUACUUUCAAAGCUGCAUUUAACGUGUUAACAGAGGAUCGAGGAGACGGUUUCAUUAAAACUGCAUCAGGCACCCCCCUCCCAUGUGUCUGAAGCAUGGAACUGUGGGUACUGUCCCUGUGUGGGUCAGAAUAGAAACAAACCCCUCGUCUUGUAAAAUGUAGUUGCUUCUCGUAGAGUUUUAAUAAAGUUGGUGAAAACCACAAGCUGUGCUCUGUGUAGUGAUUCUUCUCUGUGUAACUAUGUGGGAGGGUUGGAUAAGGGAGUGUCAGUUCGUAAACUGACUGCUAGUCACUAUUAAAUAAUACUAUUUCUGCACUAUUUCCAAGCAUCUUUAAAAUAAGCUGAAGAAAGUGGGCUUCAGUGAGAGACGAGGUUUUAUGUGAUGGCCUUUGAGGAUUUAAUGGGGUUUGAUGCAUCAUCGUAGAUUUAAGAACUCAAUCAGAACACUUCAUCAAAUGCCUCUAGUCAAAUGAACAGUCUCAGAGUUUCUGUGACAUGAAGGAUCUUAGUGCCUCUUCUGUCUCUACCGCUAAUAUUUUUGAACGAUUAAUUGAAAAUCAAAUCAGACAAUUAUGAAGAAGGAUCAGCCACUCGUUUUUAUUCAGCAGCUAGUUCAAACCAAUUCAGCCAGUUGAACAAGAAGCUUUUUAUUGAGGCUUAGACAGAGUACAGUACAUGGGAUGACUCGGUGUAGCACUCCACCUCUCCUAGAUGUUCUAAAUAUACAGUGUGUAUCUCAUAUUGCAAAAAGAUGUGUUCAAGCUAGUAAAGUAUAAGAGGAUGGUAGUUUGAUGACAUGGGAAAGUGUACAUGAAAUAAGAAUGUGGCAGUAAUAGUGCAGUGAAACAUUGGUGUUCCCUGGCAGCCCUCAAGUCAACUCAAAUUUUAGUGUAUCCAAGGAACCAAAUGUCUGAUUAGAUUAACAACUUUGUGUUAGUAGUUUUAUUUCCAUUUGUAUGUUUUAAAACUUAAACUGAAGUAAUUCCACACUCAAGUUGUGUACAAUGCUGUGAUCAUCUUUAUUGGUCAAUAUUAUUCAACUCGAAGAUGAAGCCAGCAGCUCUGAAGACUGAUCUGAGACUUCCUCUGUGCAUUGUCUUAAUUUACAGUGUGAUCGGCAACUGGACAAUAGAAUAAGAUUUUAAAGCAGUGGUUCUGUGCAUUUUCCAAACAGUAAAAUCAAAGGUGUUCUCAACCCUACUGCUUGAAACCAUGUCCAUGUUGGGGCAGGUUACCAACUGAGUGAACUUCUGCCAGCACUAAAACAAAUUAUAAUACUGGUGCAGGGGGUGAAAGGUAAAAAUCAUCACCACAUGAAAAAUAUAUUUCAAUCCACAACCAUUUGGCAACUCAAAGGAAUAGUUUCCCGACCCCCAUGGGGCCAAGAUCCUCAGAUUGAGAAUCACUGGUGUAAACAAAUAAAUCUUAGAAGACACUUUCCUGCAGAUGUCUUUCCAAAGAUUAAACAAAAGUUAAUCACCUGACAAUCACUACAGAUGGAUUCGUUUUUCAAGUUCCCUCCACAUGAACUGUUAACCUGUUCACAGUAAAACCCUGCUGAGCUGCAGAUGAAUGAUGCAACUCAGACUGCAUAUGAAACUGUAACACUGCCGUUAAGAAGAAGAAGAACUUUAUUGAUCCCCAAAGGGAAAUUCAAUUGUCUGAUGUCUCACAUAUUAUGUCUAUAAAAGUUAUCUAUUAUUUACAUACGAGUUAUCUAUUAUUUACAUAAGAGUUAUAAAGCCUGAUGGCUGUUGGUACAAAAGAUCUUCUAAAUCUUUCUGUCCUGCAGCGAAGAAGAGAGGAGCCGUCCACCACCAUUUGCCCUUUGGUCCAUCAAGGUGUUGUGAAGUGGGUGAUCCAUGUUCUUGAGAAUAGUCUCCACCUUCCUCAGUGUAGAUCGCUCCACCACAUACUCCACUGAGUCCAGCUUGAGUCCUACCACAGAGCCAGCCUUUUUCACCAGUUUGUUGAGACUUCUUGGAUCUUUGUGUUUGAUGCUUUCCCCCCAGCAGACUGCAGCGUAGAACAGAACACUUGCCACCACAGACUGAUAAAACAUCUGCAGCGUCUUACUACAGAUGUCUAUUGAUCGGAGUCUAUUCAGGCAAAAGAGGCGGCUCUGCUUCUUUCUGUAGAUGUAGUCUAUAUUCUUAGACCAAUCCAACUUAUUAUCCAGAUAUACACUUAGGUAUUUAUAUGAUGUCACCACUUCGAUGUGCACUCCACAGGUGUUCACUGGCUGAAGAGGGGGUUUGGAUCUACGGAAGUCUAUGACCAUCUCCUUUGUCUUUGAGGUGUUGAGGAGGAGGCAGUUUUUGUGACUCCAGUCACUGAAGGCUCUUAUCAGAUCUCUGUAUUCAGCUUCUUGUCCAUUUCUGAUACAUGCCACAAUAGCUGUGUCAUCUGAUGUUUCUGGAUGUGGCAGGACUCAGUACUAUAUUUGAAGUCUGACGUGUACAGUGUGAACAGGAAUGGCGCCAGCACUGUCCCUUGUGGAGCCCCUGUACUGCUCAUUAAUGUCCCAGAAACACAGUUCCCCAGCCUGACAAACUGUGGCCUUCCUGUCA